AUGUACAAGCGGUCGCUCUCUGAGACUCACUCGCGAGACAAACAGGAUGGCGACAAUUGCUCCAUUCGAACUGCUCGCUCUUACAAGCGGAAACCCGCCCCGCCACCUCCACUGUUGAAGGCGGCCAAGUCGAUGCAGAAUCUGGCGCCCAUUCGUGAUGAGGAGGAAGAGCGGCCGUCUUCGGAGGUGUUCUCCUCAUUUGAGCACCACAACGACUCCUCUUCGCUCUCUGAACACUCGACCACAACUGAGGCCCCUAAGGUGCCGCCGGAGAGCGUGGUCACCACUCAGCCAUCCAAACAGCAUCAUCAACAACAACAACUCCAUCACCACCACCAUCACCGUCUCAGUCGCCAGAAUUCCGGUUCCGACUCGUCAGGAUACCACGAGAUGCUGUCCCACACUGAGACAGACAACAGUACGCCAACAAACUCGCCGGCGCCUCCUUUGUCGCCCAAUCCCUCAGAGAGUCCCUCCACCUCCCUAGUCAGCAACAAACCGCCCCCAGUGCCAAGUCAACGAACGUCACUGUCGACAAAGCCUUCUGCUGAACAUAACGGAAAGGGCGCAGCUCCAGACUCGCCUGGAUCGGCCACUUCGGCCGCGGCAUCCUCGAGCAAAAAGCGACGAGCUCCGGCGCCGCCACCACCUGUCACAUCAGCAACUGCAACUGCUCCGCCAUCUGUUACUGAGGAUUCAACUCAAUCGACCAGUGCACCACCAUCACCACGAGUGGUUAAAUCGCCGAGCGCCAAUGCUGCUGAGCCCAGUACGUCUCGCCUGUCAAUUUCUUCAGCAGAAGGAGGGACACCUCCAGUUUUUGAAACCUCCCCCAGAGCCUCCUCUUCGGCUUCAUCUUCCUCAUCGUCAGGCCUUGAAGACUCUAAGAUGUCCUCUCUGAGCGACACUAGCCUGUCGCCCAUUGUGGUCGUCAAGUCAUCCGGCGACAGCGGUAAAUCAAUCGCUGCAGAUAUUGACGACUCCAUCAACCCGACCCUGAACUCAACGGAGAUCCCUCAAACCGGUGCACAACCGGUGAAGGAAACUAACUCAAAAUUGGACCAAACUGAGGUCAUUGAGUCAAAGGAUGAGUCAUCUAAAACGUCUGAAUCCUCUACCGCCGCUCCUCAGCCACCUGAAGAGACUGGAAAGGUAGUGUCACCUGAUGCCAAACCAGUCGAACAGCCUAAAGUAGAAAAGGAAACAGCUGUACAACAGCAGCAGCUAACUGAACCUGUUGAGCCUGACCAGAAAAGGAGCACCGACCAGCAGCCGGCAACAGUUCCUUCUUCGGUAGGUGAACAACUGAAAACGACUGAGCACGAAGGUAGUACUGUGCUGCAGCAGCAGCAGGAGCAGUGUACCAAUAAUGAGGCAGUGAAUCAGCAGCAUUGCUCGGUCAAUUCACCUCUGGCAAUUGUUGAAGAGGAGAAGAAGAAGAAGGAAGAGAAGGGUAUUCUGUCGGUUGUUCAGCCAAAGCCGAGAAAGUCCACACUUGGCCAUGAUGGACAGACAAGUGCGGUGGCUGUGCUUGAAGACGAGAAGUCUGCCGUAGUGCAACGUACCAAUUCGGCACGUAACAACAUUAUCAACAGCACCUCCACCAUUCAGCAGGUGCUCACCUCUGAAGAAGGUGAUGAAGAGGACAAGGAAGAAGAGAAACCUGAAGACCAGCACCGGCACCAGCUGCAGCACCAAUUUCACUCCCAUGAAGAGGGCGAAGUGUGUGCCUCAGACAGCAGCAGCAAAUCAGCAGCCAUCUCGUCGCCGAAGGAGGCUGCUGCCGUGCCAACAUCUGCAUCAGCAUCAGCAGCAACCACAUCAGAAAAGAAGUCGCUGCCAGAACCACUACCACAAGGUGGUGACAAGGAGAAGAAGGAGGAGGAGGCGGCUGUUCGACGCCAAAGCAGCAGCAUCAUCAAAGUGGUCGCUGAGGAGUCGCCUUCAAUUGGCAGUGUGAGUUCAGCGAAAGCGGACAUCGACAACCGUUCGUCGUUUCUGCACAGCAGCAUCAAGGUGCCAGCUGAGGUUCAGGAAGUGACAGUCGAUUUUGCCGAUCCUGACCAGGACCAAGAAGAGGAAGGAGAAGACGGCGAGAUGAACGGCUCACUAAAGCGACCCAGUGUNCGCUGA